CAAGUCUCCCCCUCACCAUAUAACGAACCGCACAACCCACAACCAUGAAAGACGGCCGCGGCAGCCACAAGCUCUCCCACGUCAUCGCCGACAUGUCCGCCGCCAAAAGUUACACCCUAAUCGCCCUCGCCGUCACCGCCAUCCUCGCCCUCGCAAUCCUCACCACGUGGCUCGUCCUCCUCCCACAAAAACCCACGUUCGCCCUCCAAGACGCCACCCUCUACGCCUUCAAGUUAACCAACUCCAACCUCUUCCUCACCACGACUUUCCAGGUCACGCUCUCGUCACGCAACCCGAACCGGCGGGUCGGGGUCGACUACACCCGCCUCGGGGUCUACGCCUCGUACCGGAACCAGCAGAUCACGAACUCCACCGUGCUCCCGCAGAGCUACCUCGGGACCAAGGACAUGACGGUGUGGUCCCCGUUUUUGUCGGGUAUCGACGUGGCGAUCUCGCCGAAUUGGGUGGAAGGUGUGAGGCUUGACGUGGAGGCUGGGGAUGUGAUCGUGGACGUGAAGGUGUACGGGAGGUUGAGGUGGAAGGUCGGGUCGUGGCUGUCGGGGACGUAUCAUUUGGCGGUGAACUGUCCUGUGUAUCUCAAGAUGGCCGGACGAGCGGCGGAGGAGGGUGGUGGCGGUGGUGGCGGCGGCGGGGGAGGUGGAGGUGGUGAUUGGGUUGCGGUUAUUGGUGGUGUGAGGGGUGGGGUUAGGUAUGAUGAGCUUGAUCAAGGUUGCAAUGUUGUGGUGUCGACUUGAUUGGUGUUUUAGCCUUUAGGUUAGAGUUGGACUAUGCCAAUGCGGUAGGUUUUUUUUAUAAUCUCUGUGUUUUGAUGUCAUUUUAAUUUCAUUCGUGGUUACUUAUUCCACUGUCGUUUAUACAGGGUGGAUAGUUUUGUUACUUACGACAAAUACAAUGUAUACAUGCUUUUCAAUAUCGUGUGAUUAAGACAGCGGAAUUUGCAUGAUGUGAUAGUAAUCAAGUAAUGUUCAAGGU